CUGUCGGGCCCGCGCACUCUUGGCAAAGUUUCAGUGCGACGAGAGGCGCCGGGCGCUCCAUGGCCGCGCCGUAACGGGGACCCAGCCGCCUCCCCGCCCAGCCCAGCCCAGCCCUUCCGCCCACCCAGGAUGGAGGCGCCCGCCAGCGCGCAGACCCCGCACCCGCACGAGCCCAUCAGCUUCGGCAUCGACCAGAUCCUCAACAGCCCGGACCAGGACAGCGCGCCCGCCCCGCGGGGCCCCGACGGCGCCAGCUACCUGGGAGGGCCCCCCGGGGGCCGUCCGGGCGCCACGUACCCGUCGCUGCCCGCCUCCUUUGCCGGCCUCGGCGCGCCCUUCGAGGACGCGGGAUCUUAUAGUGUCAACCUAAGCCUGGCUCCCGCCGGCGUGAUCCGGGUGCCAGCGCACAGGCCUCUGCCCGGGGCCGUGCCGCCGCCUCUCCCAAGCGCGCUGCCCGCCAUGCCCUCCGUGCCCACGGUCUCCAGCCUGGGCGGCCUCAACUUCCCCUGGAUGGAGAGCAGCCGCCGUUUCGUGAAAGACCGCUUCACAGCGGCGGCCGCGCUCACGCCCUUCACCGUGACCCGGCGCAUCGGCCACCCCUAUCAGAACCGGACGCCACCCAAGCGUAAGAAGCCGCGCACGUCCUUUUCCCGGGUGCAGAUUUGCGAGCUGGAAAAGCGCUUUCACCGCCAGAAAUACCUGGCCUCGGCCGAGAGGGCGGCACUCGCCAAGUCUCUCAAAAUGACAGACGCGCAGGUCAAGACCUGGUUCCAAAACCGGAGGACCAAGUGGCGGCGGCAGACGGCGGAGGAGCGGGAGGCGGAGCGGCAGCAGGCGAGCCGGCUCAUGCUGCAGCUGCAACACGACGCCUUCCAAAAGAGCCUCAACGACUCCAUCCAGCCCGACCCGCUCUGUCUGCACAACUCGUCGCUCUUCGCGCUGCAGAACCUGCAGCCCUGGGAGGAGGAUAGUUCCAAGGUCCCCGCCGUCACCUCGCUGGUGUGAGCCACCGGCGCGUGCACCGUCGCAGCGGAUCACCGACGUCCCCACUCUCCGGGGCGCCCCGGACCCCUACCCCAGCCGGGCUGGGGGAGGUGGGAAGGGGGGAUGGGGUGGGUAGGCCACCGGGGAGCCGAGAGGGGAAGAGAAGCUGCCGCCAAGCUGCAGGAGGGCCCCCGAGCGCGGCAGCAAACCGGCCGGCCGGCCGGGCCGCGGAGGGAAGCUGGGCCCGGGCUCCACGCGCGGCUGCACAAUCCGAGCCCCGAGCCCCGAGCCCGGCGCCCCGCGCCCCGACGCCCCCAGGCCCGGGCCUGACAAAGAAAGCGCCUUACGUUUCUCCGCCCCCCGCCCGCACUACCCCCUUCGGGCUGGGCGCCUGUAUUAUACUUUGUACUUUUGCCCAAACGUGUAAAUAAUAAUAAAGAAAAAGUUUUGGCUUUUUUUCUUUAGAAACCGGCCCCCCUGCUUCCCCUCGCGGGGUGAAGGGGGACCGCUGGAGGAGGGGGCGGCCCACCCGGUGGCUGGAGGGGGAAGCGCCUGCGUUCGGGCUGAGUCCACUCCUCUCCUUUUUCCGUUCCUUUUAUUUAAGUCGUUUUAUUUAAUAAAAAAGUUAGCUAUUUCAC